UGCGUCAAGUACAAUAGUAAUCACUCCGACUAGAUAUGCCGAGAUAUCUGCGGCAUUGUAUGUCUCUACCAGCUUUAUAUGGGCAAUGCUCCUGUUACCGUCUCUAUUUGAGGUGCCUAGCCGAAUCGAGAUCAUCAGCGUCAUUGUUGUAAUUACCCACUCAGCGUCAUCCUAUAAAGCACCUUUCACGACGUAUCUAUAAGCCAAGGUCAUCCAAUGUCGUUCAUAAAUCGGAGGAAUUUCUACGCGCAUAAUAAUUUCUUGUCAGUAUUGGCGAAGAAAUCGCUUCAGCACAAAUGUUUGGUCCCACUUGUCUGCAUCGCGUAGCUGAGGCGGAAUCCGGACUUCGCAUCGCUUACAUUGAAUCCACACCGAAAUGGAAACCAGAAUAUUUGAAAGGGGUCAUCCUCCUCAUUCAUGGAUUUCCUCAGACAUCAUAUCAAUUCCGACAUGUCAUAAACCCACUCGCAGCACGUGGGUACCGCGUCCUGGCGCCCGACUAUCGCGGCGCUGGAAAAUCUUCCAAGCCUCAGACAGGAUUCACUAAAUCGACUAUGGCUCGUGAUCUGGUGCUGUUACUGGACACACUUAAUAUCAAAGAGAAAGUCCAUGUCAUCGGUCACGAUAUUGGUGGGAUGAUCGCAUAUACACUCGCUGCGAGGUAUCCAGCGCAGGUGGCGAGUCUUAAUUGGGGCGAAUGCCCUCUGCCAGGGACUACGGCGUAUGAAGAGGAUCGAACAACAAACGCGGUCCAACAGUUCCAUUUCAUAUUCCACUGUGUACCUGAUUUAGCAGUGGCUUUAGUGACCGGCCGCGAGCGCAUAUAUCUGUCGCACUUCUUCGAGAAGCUCGCAUACAAUGUAGCAGCUAUCACAGACGAUGACUUGGAUCAUUAUGUACGAGCGUAUGAACAGCCAGGGGCGCUGCGCUGUGCUUUUGAGAUGUACAAAGCUUUCGAGCAAGAUGCGCAAGAGCACCGGGAAUGGAUAUCAGAAAAUGGCAAGCUGAACAUUCCGACACUCUGCUUGAGCGGUGAUAAGAGCAGACAUCGCGAAGCUGCGCAGAGCAUGUGUGACGAAGUUCUCCACGCUGGGGCUUAUGAAAUUGCUCUCGUGGCUGAUGCUGCUCAUUGGGUAGCAGAAGAGAACCCGGAGAGUUUUAUAAGGGAGUCACUGGGUUUCAUCGAGAGAGUCGAGGAGGCCUCGCUGUCGCAUUGAUAAUUACGGUAGUAAUUACACUAUAGCUAUACCAGUUGUGUUACAGUCGCUGA